AUGGCGCGUGGUUACAAUCCAAACCACAAUUACCGUGUUUGCAGUACCUGGGGCAAUUACCACUUCAAAACCUUUGAUGGAGAUGUUUAUCAUUUUCCUGGAACCUGCAAUUAUGUCUUCGCAUCGCAGUGCUUGAGUUCGUACGAGAACUUCAACAUCCAGAUAAGGCGAACCAGCACUGAUGGUCAUCCAAGGAUCAGUCACAUUGUCAUGAAAAUUGAUGGAUCAGUGGUAGAAGUAAUUAAUUCAGCCAUUUUCGUCGAUGAUAAUCUGGUGACACUACCUUUUGCCCAUUCUGGAAUCAUGAUAGAGAAUGUCAGCGAUUACACCCGCAUUACAGCAAAGAUUGGCUUGACAUUGACGUGGAAUGGAGAUGAUGCCCUUGAGCUUCAACUGGGUCAACAGUAUUUCAACACUACUUGUGGAUUGUGCGGUGACUUCAAUGGCAUCCUUGAGAAUGAUUUUGUUUCAAAUGGCUUCCACCUGACUCCCAUCCAGCAUGGGAAUUUGCAGAAAUUGAAUGGACCCACAGAACACUGCAAAGACGUGCUGUCUGACGUUGUGAAAAAUUGCUCAGAAUUUGUAAAGAGAUGGAGAAAGCUACAAGCAUUUAUUGGAAAUUCCAGUAGCAUGUGCACUGAUGUUCUACACCGUUACCAAGUAGUCACCAGGACCAUCAAUGUGAACCUUCCACAGGUCGAUGUUCAUUCCUAUCCUUCUCUAAAUAACUUUCAUUUACAGGAAUCUGUGUGUGAAAAUGUACUCAAAGGGCCUGAUUUUGCCAGCUGCUUAUACACAUUGGACAUCUCACCUUUCAUCAAAAGUUGCAUGCUGGACUUAUGUCAGUGCAAUGUAUUGAAGCAAUCAUCAACGUGCCUCUGCAACACCUUAUCAGAAUUUUCUAGGCAGUGUGCUCAUGUUGGAGGGAAGCCAGCCAAUUGGAGACGGGAUGGUUUAUGUGAAAAGUCAUGCCAGCUUAAUAUGACCCAUGAUGAAUGUGGUACUCCAUGUGCAGACACGUGUUCAAAUCCUUCCAGGAGCCAGAUGUGUGAUGAUCACUGUAUUGAUGGCUGCUUCUGCCCUCCCAACACUGUUUUCGAUGAUAUUUCUAACAGUGGAUGCAUCCCAGAAGAAAGGUGUCCUUGUACCUACAAUGGACAGGCUUAUGCAAAUGGAGAGUCUUAUUCCACCAAAUGCAGUAAAUGCAUUUGCAAUGGAGGCCAGUGGGCUUGUAAUGAUCGGAUCUGCCCUGGGAUCUGUUCCAUCGAGGGAGGUGCUCACAUUAACACAUUUGAUGAAAGCCAUUACACAUUCCAUGGAAAGUGCCACUAUGUUCUUGCGAAGGACUGCAGAAAUACCAUGUUCACAGUCCUGGGAGAGCUGCAGCCAUGUGGCAUAACAGAAACUGAGACUUGUUUAAAGUCAGUGGUAGUGACUGCCCGUGGAACUCAAACUAUCAUCUCCAUUAACCCUACCGGCAGUGUUUCUGUCAAUUCAAUCGUGACUCAAUUGCCUGUUACCGCUGCCAAUAUCACUGUGUUCAAGCCCUCAAAUUUCCAUGUUAUUCUGUACACAUCCUUUGGACUGCAGCUCCAGAUUCAGUUAGUGCCCCUAAUGCAGCUCUACGUAACUCUGGAUCCAUACUUCAAGAGUCGGAUGUGUGGUCUUUGUGGAAACUUCAACGACAUACUGAACGAUGAGUUUAUGAUAGCGUCUGGUAUUGUGGAAGGAACAUCAGCCACCUUUGCAAACACCUGGAAGACCCAUGCCAGCUGCCCAGACAGAAAAGAUUAUCAAGAAAAUCCAUGCUCCUUAAGUGUUGAUAAUGCGAAAUAUGCUAAGCAUUGGUGCGGUCUACUGCUGGCGGAAGACUCUGUGUUUGCACAGUGCCAUUCACAGAUUAAUCCUGUAAUCUACAAUCAGCAAUGCAAAUAUGACACCUGCAACUGUGAGAAGACUGAGGACUGCAUGUGUGCUGCCCUCUCUGCAUAUGUUCAGGCGUGUGCAGCCAAGGGCAUUGUCAUUACCAACUGGAGAGCUGAUGUGUGCUCAAAGUACACCAACUGUCCAAAGACACUUGUCUACAGCUACAACAUGACCAGCUGCCAACGCACCUGCCAAUCGCUGGCCGCACCGGACAAGACUUGUGAAGUCAGCAUUGACCCAGUGGAUGGAUGUGGUUGUGCUGAAGGAACCUACAUGGAUGACACAGGGAAAUGUGUGGAGCCCUCCGACUGCCCAUGCUACCACAAGGGGACAGUCGUGCCCGCCGGAGAGGUCGUUCAUGAGAACGAUGUCAUGUGGAUUAGCGUUGUGCAGGUUCACUAUUGGUUUUGCUUUUCAGUCUGCAUGUCUCCCAUGGUUUUCUUUGACUGCCAGAAUACUUCACCAGGCAGCAAAGGGGCAGAAUGUCAGAAGAGCUGUCAAACCCUCGACAUGGAGUGUGUAAGUACAAAUUGUACCUCUGGAUGCAUGUGUCCUGAAGGUUUGCUUUCUGAUGGAAAUGGUGGCUGUAUUCCCUUAAAUGAAUGUCCCUGCACACACAAUGGCAUCCAAUAUCAACCUGGGGAAAGCCUCCAGGUGGACUGCAACUCAUGUGUUUGCAAUAACAGAUCUUGGGCCUGCUCAAAACAUGAGUGUCAUGGAACAUGCAUGAUCUAUGGCGAUGGGAAUUACAUCACGUUUGAUGGACAACGCUACACUUUCAAUGGGGACUGUGAAUAUAUAGUUGCACAGGAUUAUUGUGGAAAUAAUCUUUCCAAUGGAACCUUCAGGAUAAUCACUGAAAACAUCCCUUGUGGCACCACUGGGACAACGUGUUCUAAAUCAAUCAAAAUCUUCUUGGGUAACACUGAAAUAAAACUGUCAGACGGAAAGUAUGAGACGAUGAAGCUGAUGAGUGGUGUACAAGUGCCUUACAAAGUACGUCAUCUUGGCAUCUAUCUUGUACUAGAGGCCAGCAAUGGAAUGAUACUAUUCUGGGACAAGAAAACAAGUCUGACCAUUAAACUGAGUCACUCACUCAAGGGAACCAUAUGUGGAUUGUGCGGUAAUUACGAUGGGAACGUACACAAUGAUUUCACCACAAGAAGUCAUUUAGUGGUUGCAAAUGCUGACGAGUUUGGAAACAGUUGGAAGGUGUCUCCUGUCUGUGCCAAUGCAAAGACACCUGAAGACCCCUGCUCGAUUAAUGUGCAUCGAGAUGCAUGGGCUCAGAAACAAUGCAGCAUCCUCAAGAAUGGGCCAUUCCUACCUUGUAAUUCCCAGGUGGAUCCAGCCCCAUUUUACGAGUCUUGUGUACGGGAUGCAUGUGCCUGUGACACUGGUGGGGACUGCGAAUGUCUGUGUACUGCUAUCGCUGCCUACUCUCUGGCCUGUAGGAUGGCAGGGCAGUGCGUUUCCUGGAGGACCCCAGAACUUUGUCCUCUCUUCUGUACUUACUACAAUCCGAAUGAUGAGUGUGACUGGCACUAUGCACCGUGCGGGAUUCCCUGCGUCAAAACCUGCCAGAACCCAAGUGGCGCUUGCUCCAAAAUUAUCCCCAAACUUGAAGGCUGCUACCCAGACUGUCCCUCAGAGAAGCCGUUUCUAGAUGAAGAUAAGAUGCAGUGUGUUCCAUUGAGCAACUGUCCCUGUCACAUCAAUGGGACAUACUAUGAGCCAGGCCAAUCAGUCCCAUCCACUCGGAAUUGUGAAUCCUGCAAGUGUAAUAAUGGUGAAGUACAUUGCACCUACCACAAAUCAGCUACCACCACGGCUCCAGUCACUACUCGUAGUACCACAACUACAACAUCCACUGAAACUACACCUGAAAGUACAACAACCACCACCACCUCACCGACAACAGUCACCACUACCACAGUUCCAGUCACUACACAUAGCAUCACUACAACCUCCAUUAAAACUACACCUGAAAUAACCCAGCAAACAUCUACCACCACCACACCAACCACCACCACCACGGCUCCAGUCACUACACAUAGCACCACAACUCUAACAUCCACUGAAACUACCACAAAAAUAACCCAGCCAACAUCUACCACCACCUUACCAACAACCGUCACCACCACCACAGCAGCUCCAGUCACUACACAUAGCCUCACCACAACCUCCACUGAAACCACAUCGAAAGCAACCCAGCCAACAGCCACUACCACGACACCAGCCACCACCACCACCAGCACCACCAUUACUACAACAGUUCCAGUCACUACACAUAGCCUCACCACAACCUCCACUGAAACCACGCCAAAAGGAACACAGCCAACAGCCACUACCACGACACCAGCCACCACCACCAGCACCACCAUUACUACAACAGUUCCAGUCACUACACAUAGCCUCACCACAACCUCCACUGAAACCACGCCAAAAGGAACACAGCCAACAGCCACUACCACGACACCAGCCACCACCACCAGCACCACCAUUACUACAACAGUUCCAGUCACUACACAUAGCCUCACCACAACUUCCACUGAAACCACAUCGAAAGCAACCCAACCAACAUCAACGACCACUACACCAACGACAGUCACCACUGCAACAUCCAACCCAACAACAACUGCCUCCACCGUGCCAAAGACAGAAGCACUGCUGACCGCCUCAACAACUCCAGUCACUACAUUGAGAGCCACAACCACAACUACCACUCAAACUUCAUCUGAACGAACCCAAUCCAUAUCAACGACCACCCCAGCAACAACAACAUGCUCAUGCACAGUACAAGGGAAGAUAUUAUCACCAGGUCAGGCAAUUGUGACUUCCGCAGGUAAAUCAGGCCUCUGUAACUUUACUCUGUGUACUGAGGAUUGUGAAGUUCUGAUGUACACAGGAAGAUGUGAAACUACAACCAGACCACCAGCAGAAACCACGACAUCAGCUACAACAGUGACAGUAACACCAACGUCAAAAGGAACUACAAUCUGUUCAUGUGAUGUUGACGGACAUAUAAUGUCACCAGGUCAGGCAACUGUGACUUCUGCAGGUAAAUCAGGCCUCUGUAACUUUACUCUGUGUACUGAGGAUUGUGAAAUUCUGAAGUACACAGGAAGAUGUGAAACUACAACCAGACCAACAGAAACCACAACAUCAGCUACAACAGUGACAGUAACACCAACGUCAAAAGGAACUACAAUCUGUUCAUGUGACGUUAACGGACAUAUAAUGUCACCAGGUCAGGCAACUGUGACAUCUACAGAUAAAUCAGGCCUCUGUAACUUUGUUCUGUGUACUGAAGAUUGUAAAGUUCUGAAGUACACAGGAAGGUGUGAAAGUACAACCAGACCAACAGAAACUACAACAUCAGCUACAACAGUGACAGUAACACCAACGUCAAGAGCAACUACCACAUGUACCUGUGAGAAUGACGGGCGAAAAAUGCUCCCUGGUCAGGCAACUGUGACUUCUGCAGGUAAAUCAGGCCUCUGUAACUUUACUCUGUGUACUGAGGAUUGUGAAAUUCUGAAGUACACAGGAAGAUGUGAAACUACAACCAGACCACCAGCAGAAACCACAACAUCAGCUACAACAGUGACAGUAACACCAACGUCAAAAGGAACUACAAUCUGUUCAUGUGAUGUUGACGGACAUAUAAUGUCACCAGGUCAGGCAACUGUGACGUCCACAGAUAAAUCAGGCCUCUGUAACUUUGUUCUGUGUACUGAAGAUUGUAAAGUUCUGAAGUACACAGGAAGAUGUGAAAGUACAACCAGACCAACAGAAACUACAACAUCAGCUACAACAGUGACAGUAACACCAACGUCAAGAGCAACUACCACAUGUACCUGUGAGAAUGACGGGCGAAAAAUGCUCCCUGGUCAGGCAACUGUGACUUCUACAGGUAAAUCAGGCCUCUGUAACUUUACUCUGUGUACUGAGGAUUGUGAAAUUCUGAAGUACACAGGAAGAUGUGAAACUACAACCAGACCAACAGAAACCACAACAUCAGCUACAACAGUGACAGUAACACCAACGUCAAAAGGAACUACAAUCUGUUCAUGUGAUGUUGAUGGACAUAUAAUGUCACCAGGUCAGGCAACUGUGACAUCUACAGAUAAAUCAGGCCUCUGUAACUUUGUUCUGUGUACUGAAGAUUGUAAAGUUCUGAAGUACACAGGAAGGUGUGAAAGUACAACCAGACCAACAGAAACUACAACAUCAGCUACAACAGUGACAGUAACACCAACGUCAAGAGCAACUACCACAUGUACCUGUGAGAAUGACGGGCGAAAAAUGCUCCCUGGUCAGGCAACUGUGACUUCUGCAGGUAAAUCAGGCCUCUGUAACUUUACUCUGUGUACUGAGGAUUGUGAAAUUCUGAAGUACACAGGAAGAUGUGAAACUACAACCAGACCACCAGCAGAAACCACAACAUCAGCUACAACAGUGACAGUAACACCAACGUCAAAAGGAACUACAAUCUGUUCAUGUGAUGUUGACGGACAUAUAAUGUCACCAGGUCAGGCAACUGUGACGUCCACAGAUAAAUCAGGCCUCUGUAACUUUGUUCUGUGUACUGAAGAUUGUAAAGUUCUGAAGUACACAGGAAGAUGUGAAAGUACAACCAGACCAACAGAAACUACAACAUCAGCUACAACAGUGACAGUAACACCAACGUCAAGAGCAACUACCACAUGUACCUGUGAGAAUGACGGGCGAAAAAUGCUCCCUGGUCAGGCAACUGUGACUUCUACAGGUAAAUCAGGCCUCUGUAACUUUACUCUGUGUACUGAGGAUUGUGAAAUUCUGAAGUACACAGGAAGAUGUGAAACUACAACCAGACCAACAGAAACCACAACAUCAGCUACAACAGUGACAGUAACACCAACGUCAAAAGGAACUACAAUCUGUUCAUGUGAUGUUAACGGACAUAUAAUGUCACCAGGUCAUGCAACUGUGACUUCUGCAGGUAAAUCAGGGCUCUGUAACUUUACUCUCUCUAGUGAGGAUUGUGAAAUUCUGAAGUACACAGGAAGAUGUGAAACUACAACCAGACCACCAGCAGAAACCACAACAUCAGCUACAACAGUGACAGUAACACCAACGUCAAAAGGAACUACAAUCUGUUCAUGUGAUGUUGACGGACAUAUAAUGUCACCAGGUCAGGCAACUGUGACAUCUACAGAUAAAUCAGGCCUCUGUAACUUUGUUCUGUGUACUGAAGAUUGUAAAGUUCUGAAGUACACAGGAAGAUGUGAAAGUACAACCAGACCAACAGAAACUACAACAUCAGCUACAACAGUGACAGUAACACCAACGUCAAGAGCAACUACCACAUGUACCUGUGAGAAUGACGGGCGAAAAAUGCUCCCUGGUCAGGCAACUGUGACUUCUGCAGGUAAAUCAGGCCUCUGUAACUUUACUCUGUGUACUGAGGAUUGUGAAAUUCUGAAGUACACAGGAAGAUGUGAAACUACAACCAGACCAACAGAAACCACAACAUCAGCUACAACAGUGACAGUAACACCAACGUCAAAAGGAACUACAAUCUGUUCAUGUGAUGUUAACGGACAUAUAAUGUCACCAGGUCAGGCAACUGUGACGUCCACAGAUAAAUCAGGCCUCUGUAACUUUGUUCUGUGUACUGAAGAUUGUAAAGUUCUGAAGUACACAGGAAGAUGUGAAAGUACAACCAGACCAACAGAAACUACAACAUCAGCUACAACAGUGACAGUAACACCAACGUCAAGAGCAACUACCACAUGUACCUGUGAGAAUGACGGGCGAAAAAUGCUCCCUGGUCAGGCAACUGUGACUUCUACAGGUAAAUCAGGCCUCUGUAACUUUACUCUGUGUACUGAGGAUUGUGAAAUUCUGAAGUACACAGGAACAUGUGGAACUACAACCAGACCAGCAGAAACCACAACAUCAGCUACAACAGUGACAGUAACACCAACGUCAAAAGGAACUACAAUCUGUUCAUGUGAUGUUAACGGACAUAUAAUGUCACCAGGUCAGGCAACUGUGACAUCCACAGAUAAAUCAGGCCUCUGUAACUUUGUUCUGUGUACUGAAGAUUGUAAAGUUCUGAAGUACACAGGAAGAUGUGAAAGUACAACCAGACCAACAGAAACUACAACAUCAGCUACAACAGUGACAGUAACACCAACGUCAAGAGCAACUACCACAUGUACCUGUGAGAAUGACGGGCGAAAAAUGCUCCCUGGUCAGGCAACUGUGACUUCUGCAGGUAAAUCAGGCCUCUGUAACUUUACUCUGUGUACUGAGGAUUGUGAAAUUCUGAAGUACACAGGAAGAUGUGAAACUACAACCAGACCAACAGAAACCACAACAUCAGCUACAACAGUGACAGUAACACCAACGUCAAAAGGAACUACAAUCUGUUCAUGUGAUGUUGAUGGACAUAUAAUGUCACCAGGUCAGGCAACUGUGACGUCUACAGAUAAAUCAGGCCUCUGUAACUUUGUUCUGUGUACUGAAGAUUGUAAAGUUCUGAAGUACACAGGAAGAUGUGAAAGUACAACCAGACCAACAGAAACUACAACAUCAGCUACAACAGUGACAGUAACACCAACGUCAAGAGCAACUACCACAUGUACCUGUGAGAAUGACGGGCGAAAAAUGCUCCCUGGUCAGGCAACUGUGACUUCUACAGGUAAAUCAGGCCUCUGUAAUUUUACUCUGUGUACUGAGGAUUGUGAAAUUCUGAAGUACACAGGAAGAUGUGAAACUACAACCAGACCAACAGAAACCACAACAUCAGCUACAACAGUGACAGUAACACCAACGUCAAAAGGAACUACAAUCUGUUCAUGUGAUGUUAACGGACAUAUAAUGUCACCAGGUCAGGCAACUGUGACGUCUACAGAUAAAUCAGGCCUCUGUAACUUUGUUCUGUGUACCGAAGAUUGUAAAGUUCUGAAGUACACAGGAAGAUGUGAAAGUACAACCAGACCAACAGAAACUACAACAUCAGCUACAACAGUGACAGUAACACCAACAUCAAGAGCAACUACCACAUGUACCUGUGAGAAUGACGGGCGAAAAAUGCUCCCUGGUUCAAAUGAUUAUGGGCCAAACACAGGUCAGGCAACGGUGACGUCUACAGGUAAAUCAGGCCUCUGUAAUUUUACUCUGUGUACUGAAGAUUGUGAAGUUCUGAAGUACAUAGGAAGAUGUGAAACUACAACAAGACCAGCAGAAACCACAACAUCAACUACAACAGUGACAGUAACACCAACGUCAAGAGGAACUACAACAUGUACCUGUGAGAAUGAUGGGCAAAUAAUGCUACCUGGGCAAUCCACUGUGAGUUCCGAAGAUAAAUCAGGCCUCUGCAAAUACAUACUGUGCACUGAGGGCUGCAAAAUUGUGACCCAUACAAGAAAAUGCGAAAACACCUCUCCAAUCACUGAGCACAGUACAGCUACAACCACAACAGCGCAGACAACAACUGCCAGUUCCACAGCUUCAACGACCUGCUUCUGCAAAGUCAACGGGAAAGUAAUAUCUGCAGUGUGUCGAGACUUAUGGAGAUUGUAUUUCCUUUUCUUUCCAGGAGAGAAAAUUUACUUUACCAGUGAUAAAGCUGGCUGGUGUUACAUUGGGUUGUGUACAUCUAAGUGUGAAGUUGUGAAGCACACCAUACCAUGUGAAGCCUCCACUUCCGUUUUACCAACCACGUCAGCACCAACAACAGCAGUACCAGUGACCGGUUGCCCAGACCUGCACCCACCGAGAGCUAUGAAUGAGACUUGGAAUUUGGACAAUUGCACAAAGGCAACAUGCAAAGGGAAUAAUACUGUUUCCGUGGAGUCAGUGAAAUGUCCAAGUGUUAAACCAAUGGUUUGUCAAAAUGGACUGCAACCCAGAAAGGUUUAUGACCAUUCCAACUGCUGCUAUCAGCAAGAAUGUGGCUGUUCCUGCAUUGGAUGGGGAGGUUCCCAUUACAUUACUUUUGAUGGAACAGAGUACACAUUCAAAGGAAAAUGUACUUACAUCGUGGUGAAGCAAAUAACAGAAAAGAUCGAAAACUUCAAGAUUUACUUGGACAACUCCAAUGUUGGGCCCGAAAUGUCACAGCCAAUAGCCCUCAAUAUAUUCUACAAAUCUUUAGUAAUCUCAUUGAUUCGGGUGACUGUCAACAACUCAAUAAAAGCCACGGUAAGUGUUUCUACACUUUCUGCCAAUUGGCAAAGAAGAGCUUUGCCCAACAGUUUGGAUUUAGCCCAGGUCAAUGAUGAAGAGAUUAUACAACCUUAUUCCCAUGAUGGGGUCAAGAUCAGUUCCUCAGGGAUCACGGAAACGGUUGAGAUUAUUCCCAUUAAUGCUACUAUUACCUUUGAUGGCCUGGGCUUUACUAUAGACCUUCCCCACGCGGUCUUUGGGAAAAACGUUGAAGGACAGUGUGGUACCUGCACCAACAACAAGACAGAUGACUGCACACUGCCUGAUGGAACCGUGGUAUCUUCUUGCUCUCACGCCGCCCCUCACUGGAAAAUUACGGAUAAGAACAAAGAACAUUGCGAUGCCGCAACUACAACUCCAAUGCCAAUACUUUCUUCAGCCACACCUUCUCUAAAAACCACACUCAGUCCGACAACUGUGCCAACUACCCCUUGUGCAGCAUCAAAUAUCUGCAAGAUCAUCCUUGGCCCUAUCUUCACAAAAUGCCAUGACAAGGUACCUCCAGGCCCAUUCUAUGAAGCCUGCGUGAAUGACGCAUGCCAUGUCAUGAAUGAGACAAUAAUAUGUUCCAGUAUAGACAUGUAUUCCAAGAUGUGCAGAUCUAAAGGCGAUACCUGUGUGGAUUGGCGGGAUCACACCGACGGAAUAUGUUCAUAUCACUGCCCUGCAAAGAUGGAAUAUAAACCAUGUGCAUCAAAGGAGCAGCCAACGUGUGGGUCCAGAUCGCAUGACGAAAAUAAACCCAGUGAUGAAGGCUGCUUCUGUCCUGAUGGAAAGAUCCUGUUUAAGCCCGGAGACAUCUGCACGGAUAGCUGUAAUUGUAUUGGACCUGAUGGAAAACCAAAGCAGGUCGGUGAAACAUGGCAAAGCAAUUGUCAGGAUUGUUCUUGCAGCAAGGCAACAUUGAGCAUCAUCUGCAAACCCCACAAAUGCUCUGUAUCACCUCCAGUGGUGUGCACAGAACAAGGCUUUGUACCAGUUGUUGAAAGGAACCAAAGCGACUUAUGUUGUACAGAAACCAUCUGCAGUAAGUGGACCUUUUCUCCGUUUUACAAAAACAGAAAAUGCUUGAAAUACACAGCAGAUCAGGCAGCGUCUGUGGACAAAGGAGUACAGAGUGAACAUUUCACCUCACUGCCCAUUGAUCAGAUGUUUAAGAAGGAACUGCCGAAACGUUGCCUAUUUCCUUUGCUCCAUAGACGCUGCUGCGCUAUCAGAGGUUAUCUAAAAUUAGAGAAUUCAGUGUUGAUGUUAUUGGGUUAUAAGCUACCCAAGCGGAAAUGUAACAUAACUCACUGCCCAACUGUGAAAUUUGACUGCAAAGUUGGAUACACGCCCGAGGUCCACAUGAAAGAUAAUAAAUGCUGCCCAACUUACACCUGUGUACCAAAAAAAGUCUGCGUGUUCAAUGACACUGAAUACAAGCCGGGAAUGACUGUACCACAGAACACAUGCAAGGAUUGCAAAUGUACUGACGAAGUGGAUCCAUCAACCAAGCUCCAUGCCAUUGCAUGCACGCCCGUUAAGUGUGAUACUCAGUGUUCACAGGGCUAUGAAUAUAAGAAGCAGGAAGGACAAUGUUGUGGAAAUUGUACCCAGGUUUCAUGUAUAAUUGAACUGCCAAACAGGCCACCAAUAAUCCUCAAGCCUGGAAAUAAAAUGUCGGUGGGAAAAAACAACUGUACAACAUAUGAAUGUGAGAAAAUAGGGAGCCACUUUAUUCCAAACAUCUACAAUCAAUGGUGCCCUCGUUUGGAUCAUGACAACUGUGAGGCUGUAAGUUCGACUGGUCAUGAAUUAAUAUUUGUUCUACAAUAUUGCGUUGGACUUUCAAUUAUCUUCAAUUGUAUUCCAAAGACAUGCAGUACUACAAAGAUCGUGACCCACAUCAAACACAAGGGAUGCCGAUCGCAACAAGAAGUGCCGAUGACCUCCUGUGGAGGGCGCUGUAUGACGUCUUCAGUGUAUUCUUCCGAAGCAAAUAUGAUUUCACAUAACUGUAGCUGCUGUCAGGAGUUGGAAACCAGCAAGAAAAACAUCACCUUACUUUGUCCAGGCAGUAAGACAACUACGUUCACCUACACUUACGUCACCAAGUGUGGGUGUGUGCCCACAAAAUGUGAGCCACUCAUAAAACAAGUGGCGGAACCCCCAGCUCGUGACACAGCCCAAAAAACACUGAACAAGAACGAAGGCUAGAGAUUUCCUGAAUGGUGCCAGAAACUGAGAAAUCGAUUAGUUUCAAAUAGAAAGAUAUUAUGAGCUUGAAACUGUUUCUACCUUCUUUAAACAUUGUAAUACAGUUUUAUCGAUUUCUUAAUCAAUUCUAAAGGAUCUACUAAGCCAAUAAAUAUGAAACUUCAUUUCUAAGUUCUUGUUAGGGUUACAGAGCUACUAAUCUGCUUGCUAAGUAAUGGGACAAAAUGGGCCAUUCACUAAGAUUAAAUGGAGCAACCUGCUGCUUGACCUUUGCUUGGUUCCAUCAUAUUUUUUUGCAGUGUUUUUCCCAGAUGCUUUGAGAGAAAUGUAUUUGCCAGAAGUCAUAGAAUAACUCCAUGAGCUAGUUACAGAGCUGUGGCGAUUUGGUGGCAUUUGAAGGACUGUUAUCAGCAACACAUUGCUUUUUGAGAACUGUGCCCUAGGAGCAUACUUUUUAAGACCAUAUUUAAACAGCAUAGUGCAAUAAUCACCUACCUUCAGGUUACCGGAAAAUGAAGUUUCAUUUCAUCUUUAGUAUUUCUACACUCACUGUAAUUACAAGAACACUUUGAAUUAGUUGCUGUAAUAAUCAUCAAUAAAAAUUAAUCUGCAUUUAUUGUCUGCACUUUCAUUGACUGGUUUUAACACUGACACUGAACCUUGUAUUCCAUUUGACAUGGAUGAGGUGUGUAGGAGGGAAUACCUUGUGUUACACCUGUACCCUGAAUCUGGCGUCACUUGGGGACCAACUCAGAUAGGAACAGACACAGAAUAAAACAUCUCGUAGAACCGCGGAGGUUUCCCAAAGAAGUCGGUUUAUUUAAGGCCUUAAUACCCCUGUCCCACU